GUUAUCAAGACGGAAUGAUGUACGCAUGCGCUCGGAGCGGAUGGCUGAUGGUCGAACCUUAGCGUCGAGUCGGUCUGUCAGGUUGAGUAGAUUCUGCGGUAUACAGACGGACGCGCAUUGUGGCUCGUCUGCCCUCUUCCGAGGCCGAGUCCUGCACCAGUCUGCCUCCCACAAUGUCAGUGACUGCAUCUGCACGUCUGCUUCUGUGUGUGGUGGCUCUGAGCUCUUGGCUGGGCCUUGCUGAGGUGGAGAAAGGGGAGCCCUGUGAGACCUGCCGACAGCUGACUGAAAACUUCAGUAAGGGCCUUGAAAGAACAGCCAACAAGAAUUUUGGUGGUGGGAAUACAGCCUGGGAGGAGGAGAAGCUGGCUAAAUACGAGAGAAGUGAGACGCGUCUGUUGGAGAUUGUGGAGUCUUUGUGCCAGAGUUCAGAUUUCAAGUGCAAUCGGCUUUUGGAGCAAAUUGAAGAACAUGUGGAGACCUGGUGGUUUAAAAAGCAGCAGGAGGCCCCUGACUUGUUCCACUGGCUCUGCAUUGACACAGUCAGAGUGUGUUGCCCCCCUGGAACUUUUGGCCCUGAAUGUGCAGCAUGUCCAGGGGAUCCAUCAAUGGUGUGUGGGGGACUGGGAACCUGUGAUGGGGAAGGCACACGCUCUGGAAGUGGUCGGUGCCUAUGUAACAAUGGCUACUCAGGUCCGCUCUGUCAGGAUUGUGCCAUUGGCUAUUUCAGGGGGUCAUCAAGCAAUCAGACCCAACAUUCAGUGUGCACAGCUUGUUACCAUGCAUGUAGCCGCUGCAUUGGACCCAAAGAAGAUCAGUGCUUGGCAUGUAAGAAAGGCUGGCAGAUCCACAAUCACAAGUGCAUAGAUGUAGAUGAGUGUGGCACUGAACUUGGUCGAUGUCCAGCGAACACCUUUUGCUUGAACACUGAGGGCUCAUAUGAGUGUCGAGGAUGUGAUAAAGCAUGUGUUGGCUGCAUGGGGAGUGGGCCAAGCCGUUGCAAGAAAUGUUCCAAAGGCUACAAGAUGGUGGGAGCAAAGUGCUUGGAUGUAGAUGAGUGCAGCCAAAGUGAACGUAGUCCCUGUCCCGGUCUGAAUGAGGCAUGUGUCAAUGAAGAAGGCAGUUUCCGUUGUGUGUGUGCAGAUGGCUUUAUGCGGAAAGACCAGAUCUGUGUGGAGAACCACCCGCCAUCCUCAAUAGAGAAAGGACUUUUUGAUGACAUCACAGACGAUGAGGUGCUCGUCCUGCAGCAAAUGUUCUUUGGAGUUGUCAUCUGUGCGCUGGCAACGCUUGCAGCAAAAGGCGACAUGGUAUUCACGGCAAUCUUCAUCGGGGCCAUUGCGGCUAUGGCUGGCUACUGGCUGUCUGAGAAAGGCGACCGGCUGCUGGAUAGCUUCCUGAAGGGGCGCUAGAGAGUCAGAAGUGCAGGAAGGAAGCAUUCAUCACAAGGAGGAUGGACACUGGGAAUUUACUUUUGGUUGGGGUGCAGCUUAUAAUGACGAGACAUCAGUUCAUUUUUGGGAGAAGUCCUGCACCUGCGAGGACCUCCUUGUCAAACCUAAUUUAAGCUGCCUUUUCACUACAGGAGAAGAUGGCUGCGUUGCAAGCACCCUAAGGACCUCCGUCCAUCCACAACUGUAUAGACUGUUUAGUUAAUAAUAAAGUGUAGGUGACAGCAGGCAAUCAGUCUGAAGGCAGGAGCACAAGAUCACCUCAUCGCUACCCCCCAACCCCGAGAAGCUUAACAGCACAAAAGCUGGCGUCUGAACCUGAGGACUCGCGGCUUUGUCACCCACUGUCUGUACAGCAGUCCGACGCCAGGUUCCUGCACUCUUCCUUGGGACUACUGGUGAAAAAUGGAGAAAAGUGCUGCACCUUUCUGCCAGGAGGUGGUGCUCCUGUUCAGUGACUGGAAUAUACGG